AUGGAACCAACAGUGAAAGUGAUAGCUGGCCCUUUGGAAUACGGAAGCGCGCCCUUUUGGUACCAUAAAACUCAAACGUUAUAUUUCGUGAACGUCUUUCAAUCAGAAAUUCAUCAAUACGAUCCAAAAACCAAUAAACACACAUGUGCUAAAGUUGGUGACCAACCAGUCGGCUUUAUAAUUCCAUUAGGAGAUUUCGACGAUAAGUAUCUGCUCGGAUAUGGUUGUGAUUUAGUAGCUGUGACGUGGGAUGGGCAUAGUAAUCAGAUUUCAAAAUUGGUCAAAGUUGAAGUGGUCGAAACGAACGAGAAUCGAAUAAGCGAUGGAAAAAUAAGCCCUUCGGGCGUUCUUUUUGUUGGUAGAAGAACUUCUGGACCGGGGCAUUUAAUUUCUGGAAAUUUAAGCAUGAAUCAAGGUUCGUUAUACAGCUUUAAAAAUUGCUCGUCGAAAAAAUUGUUGUGUGAUAUUAGUAUUUCGGCUGGAAUGGCGUGGGAUCACAAUGAGAGGACUUUUUUUUACACAGAUUCUCCGGAAUAUCGUGUAGAAAGGUUUUGUUAUAAUGAUGAAACGUGUGAAUUGGAGCAAGGAUGCAUUUUGUACCAAUUUAAAGACGAUAACCUGUGCGGUUUUCCAUGUGGAAUAACCAUAGAUUACGACGAACAUUUAUGGGUUAGCUGUUUUAAUGACGGUCAGGUUUUGAAAAUCGAUCCUAAAAUUGGAAGAGCGACAACCAAAAUUGAAAUACCGCAUUGUCCACAAAUCACCUCCGUCGCAUUCGGUGGACCAAAUUUAGAUGUUUUAUAUGUAACGAGUGCUGAUAUCAACAUAAAAGGUAAAUACAAAAACGCCGGUUCAGUAUUUCAAGUUUCUGGUUUAGGUGUAAGAGGAAACUUGAGCUUGCCUUUGUAUUUGAUGAAUAAAUAACU